AUGGUGUCCACGAAGUAUCUCUGGGCUACCGCGCUCUUUGGCCUGGCCAUUGCCCAGCAAAACCAGCAAGGUCAACAACAGCAAAAUAAUAACAAUAACAACAACCAGCAGGGCCAGCAGGGACAGCAGAAUAACAAUAAUAACAACAACCAAGGGCAGCAGAACAAUAACAACAAUAAUAACAACAACAACAACAACAACGGCGCCACUGCCACGCUUGACCCAGAAGUCAUCCAAACUGGCUCAUUCGUUGAUGGCACUCAAGACGCAGGUGCAGAGGAGGGUCAAGCCCCGUCUGCGACAUCGCAGGACAACUUCAUUAACUUCUGCAAGGGCAAGACGUUGACUAACGGACUUCAAGUCCAGGGAGGCUCCUGCAACGGCAUUGUCAUGGGCAACAUUCCCGCCAAAAAUCAGAUGAUCUCGUCUAUCAUCGUCAAUCCCAAGACUAAUGAUCAACUCGAGGAGGGACAGGACUUCCAGAUCCAGGUCCAGGUGGACAACUUGGUAGCAGGAUCCUUCACCAACCCCGACACCACGUACUAUGCCGCACCUCAGGAUCUUCAGGGUGGUCAGAUCGUCGGCCAUACCCAUGUGACUGUCCAGGAUCUAGGCAACAGUCUGAACCCUACUCAGCCGCUGGAUGCUACUCAAUUUGCUUUUUUCAAGGGUAUCAACGACGCCGGAAAUGGUAAUGGCCUACUCGCCGCAGACGUUGCGGGUGGUCUUCCAGCGGUGCUUGGUUCUGCCAAGUACGAAGUGAACAUGAAUUCCGGAAGAUGGAACACCUUGAGUUAA